AUAGUUGUAAAGAAUUCUGGGAGAUAGACGAGGAGCGUUGUCGAGCAGAGAUCGCAAGCGGUGACAAGCGGUGACGAGCGGUGGCGCGCGAUGCGGAACCGAGUCGGACCGAGCGGAACCGAGCGGAGCCGAGCGCAAACUCGAGCGAGACCGAAGCCGAAGCUGAAAUCGUAGGCAAAAGCGAAGGAAGGUUCGGACUUGGGUUCUCGGCGCUGGCUAGCGAGCGGAUAAGCAGCCAGGCGGAUCGGCGGCGUAUCGCGAGCGAGUACGGCCGAGAACGUGCGCGCGUACAGUAAUUGACUUUCUUUCGGCGAAGAGCAUCUCGCGUAUCGAACUCGUUUGUUGAGGCGAGUGCGCGUCUUCCCGGCUGGACGCGCGCGUGUACCGGCCGUGUAUGGACGGCGGCACGCGUGCACGAGUCGAGGAGGAAAAAGCCCUGGAUUCGUCUCGCCUGCGAUCCUCCGCUCGGCUCAGCUUCACGAGUUCCUCCUCGGCCGGCAGUCCUCGUAUCGCCAGGCGUAAAAGGAGGAAGAGGAGACAACAACAGCGACGAAACAGUAACGUCGACGACGAGGACGAGCUCGUCGUCGUCGGUGGCGGUGGCGGUGGCGGUGACAAAGUACUAGACACCGUCAACGAAACUGUCGACACGAUCCCACCGAUCAAGGAAGAACAGCACCAGCCAGGGGAGCAAGUGAUUUCCAGCGAGGAAUCGACAACAAAGCAACCGAGAAAUCGGCUUUCGCACACCAACGAAUCUCAACGAAACGUAACUAGAGGAAGCGGCUCGCGCGCGGCUGCAUCCUCACUCAGCUCCGGCAACACGCUUCUCAACCGUCGAGUUGCUAGUAAGCGAUCGUCCAGGAGAUGCAACGCGAACGCGCGUAGGAACGCGAUGACGAUGGAUCUCCAGAGACUGAUCACUGAGGUGCACGCUAGGCCCGCGAUCUGGGACCAGAAGAACGUCAACUAUCACAAUCGCGAUGUCAUUCUAAAGAUGUGGCGAGAGAUCGCGAGGGCUUGCGAGGUCUCCACGGACGUCGCAAAAUCAAAAUGGAAGCACUUACGAGACAAUUUCCGCAACGAAUUAAAGAAAACUUAUAGAGGAAAAUGCGAUGGUGGCGCUAAUGAACAUGACUCAAAAUGGGUUUGGUUCAAGAGCCUGUUCUUCCUGCGAGAUCAAAUGAAUUCAAGAGUAAUUGGGUGCACUCUUUCGCAAAAUUGCUCGGCGGCCCUUCGAUCGUCACCAGAAGAAACGCAAAUCGAACCUCAGAUCGAUAUUUUAGAAGGACACGAGGAAACUCAAUUUGACGAUUUAGAUGGUGAUUCUUGUCAAUCUUUACUCUCGAACGACGAUGGUCUUCAUCAAGUUAUGCCACCGCCUAAGAAGAGUAAGAUGAGUAAAAUCGGAAAAAGAUUUGAAUCUCUGCAAAAGAGACUAAGGAUCUCGCAAGAAGAAGAAGGAGACGAUACUUAUCAUUUUUUGAUGAGUGUUCGAAAUCCUCUCAAAAGCUUACCGCUCGAUAGACAAAUGUUUAUUAGGUUGAAGAUUCAAGAACUCGUUUACAAUGAAAUCAAUUUGCAAAAUCAACAGAAUCAAACGUACGAAGUUUCACAAGACGUAAAACCUCUGAGAACAAGAAAUGCUAGCGGAACAGCUGGAAUCGGAGUCGGACUAGGAGGUGGCGACGUUGGUCUCGCCGCACCCGUUGCAGUUGCCGAUACAAAUGGUGGCAGCAGUGGUGGUAGUGGUGUUGGUGGUGGUGGUGGUGGUGGUGUUGUUGUUGGUGGUGGUGGUGGUGGUGGCGAUAUUGCUGCUGGAUGCGUUGGAGGUGGAUUAGGGGGAGGACAAACCGUUAACAACAUGUCUAACCACCCUGCAUCGUUACUUCACAAUUGCACGACAGAGGGCUCCAGCAACAAUGCCUUUUUCGGUUAAUGUAAUUUGCAUUUUAAAAUUCUGUGCAAACGGACGUAGACAAGAUCGAGCCACCGUCACCUGUACCGUCCCCGGCAGCUAGCUCUGCUCCGGCGUUUCAACCGAUCAUCCUUGAAACCGAGGGCUCGUACGCCAGAAGAAUUUCCACCUCCGCAUC